AUGGCGGCAUUGUAUUUCUGUGCAAUCAUCUUAUAUAUGCUUCUUGUGCCACUUUCGAUAGUAAAUGAAGAUGUACAAAAAGAUUUUGCAAACUGCUGCCCCCUAACCCCAAAACACACUACUGCUGCAAAAGAUGGGAGACUGAAAGCCCACUUACAGUUCUCUGACGCCACAAUCAAUAAGCCAAGUGUUAACAUGCAAUUUCGCGACAAAGUUGUCAUCAAAGACUUCCCUUGGAAUUUUCUUAUGUGCCGAGACUCCGUUAAAGGACAUGGGGAGGCUUCUCAAAAAUCUGCUGGUGGAAAAUCACUCUCGCUGAUUCUGAAAAUCAUCUGGAAGUCCAACUAUUCGAGUAUAACAAUGGUGACUCUGAUUCGUAAAUUUCUCUCUCUUCACUCUUCAACAAUAAGGUGUGUUUCUUCACCCCCUCUCUAUUUUAAUCUACCAAACCCAACUCCACUUCACUCUCGACCAUUCACUUCCCAAUCCUCACCCCAAGACCAAGACGUUGAAACUGUGUUUCGCAUUGUAAGCACCAGUUCAACCUCAAAAGACUUGACGCAAUCACUAAAAUCAAGUGGAGUCUUUCUUUCAAAUGACUUGAUAGACAAAGUCUUGAAAAGGGUAAGAUUUAGUCACUCAAACCCAUUACGAGCACUGGAAUUCUUCAAUCUAACAUCGAAACGAAGAGGGUUUUACCACACUCCGUUUUCUUUGGACACAAUGCUGUAUAUUUUGGGUAGAAAUCGUAAAUUUGAUCUCAUAUGGGAGGUUUUAUUGGAAACGAAAAGAAAAGAUCGGUCUUUGAUAUCAACCAGAACGGUUAUGGUAGUUCUAGGUAGAAUUGCUAAGGUUUGUUCGGUGAGACAGACUGUGGAAUCGUUUAGACGCUUUAAAAGGCUUGUUCUGGAGUUUGAUACUACUUGUUAUAAUGCAUUGUUGAGGACAUUGUGUCAAGAAAAGAGUAUGAGAGAUGCCAGGAAUGUUUAUCAUAGUCUGAAGCCUGAGUUUAGGCCUGAUUUGCAAACUUUUAACAUACUGUUAUCUGGGUGGAAGUCAAGUGAGGAAGCUGAUGGGUUUUUUGAGGAGAUGAGGCAAAUGGGUAUCAAACCAGAUAUUGUCUCGUACAAUUGUUUGAUUGAUGUGUACUGUAAGGGUAGAGAGGUUGAUAAGGCCUAUAAAGUAGUUGAGAAAAUGAAGGAGGAGGAUAUAUCGCCGGAUGUGAUUUCAUAUACGAGUAUCAUUGGGGGAUUGGGGUUGGUCGGGCAGCCAGAUAAAGCUAGAGAGGUUUUAAAGGAGAUGAAGGAAUAUGGGUGUUAUCCAGAUGUUGCAGCAUAUAAUGCUGCUAUUAGGAAUUUUUGCAUUGCAAAGAGGCUUGGUGACGCUUACAAGCUGAUGGAUGAAAUGGUAGGCAUGGUUUUGAGCCCAAAUGCAACUACUUAUAAUGUGUUCUUUAGGUCAUUUUAUUGGUGCAAUGAUUUGAGAAGCUCGUGGAGUUUGUAUCAGAGGAUGAGGGAAACUGGGUGUUUGCCAAACACACAGUCUUGUAUGUUUCUGAUAAGGUUGAUUAGGAGGCAGGAAAAAGUGGAGUUGGCGCUUGAGAUUUGGAAUGAUAUGGUGGAGAAGGGGUUUGGAUCAUAUAUUUUGGUGUCUGAUGUGUUGUUUGGUUUGCUUUGUGAUAUGGGAAAGUUGGCCGAAGCAGAGAGGUGUUUCCUGCAGAUGAUAGAGAAGGGGCAUAGGCCAAGCAAUGUAUCAUUUAGAAGAAUCAAGGUGCUCAUGGAAUUGGCUAAUAAGCACGAUGCACUUCAGAAUUUGUCAGAGAAGACGGAUCAUUUCGGUUCAUCAAUCCUAACUCCUAAAAAUGAAGAGACUAUGGCAAUGUCAAGUUCAGAGUUGAUUCCAUGCUAAAUCUAGUCUGAAAAACGAAUCUAACCUAAAACCCAAAAUCUAUGGAAAGAAUUUCAAAUAGCACCCUAUGAACUGGUAGGAUCGUAUUAGAAGGCCAGCAUGCCAUAUGAAAUGGAUAAAGAUUCAGGUUCCUUAGGAAUCGAUUCUCUUUUCCUACUAUUCAUCUGGUAAGAGAGCAUAAAUCAAAUUUGUUCUAAUGUUUAUGAAACUUCCCGUUAAUUUCGCAAAUAUCUAGAUUGUGGAAAUUUCUUUGAAACUUGAAGGUGGUUCUUGAGGUAAUUUCCAGUUGAGAAUCCAGACUGCUUCGCCAUCAAAUGGUCUGCUUGAGAACUCAUAUUAUAAGGUACACUAUCUCUAGCAUCACUUUUUUAGAUUCCUUCCAUCUUCUUGAAGACUUCAGCAUUGGCAAUUUACCAAGUAUUUGUGGUUGAGAUUUGUUGAUGCAUAUCAAGAAGAGGCCGGCCUUUUACAUUGUGAUUGGGGUGGGGGCAUUGUACCAAAUGACUUUCCUAGUCAGAUUUUAAUACUUUUUAAGUAUUUUAUAAGCACUUUUGCUUGAUUAAAUGUGACCCAUGG